UUCACGGACCCGGAGUGCUCGUUUAAUCGCUCCGAUCGGUGUGGUCGGCGUGCAUCUGUGCGUCCCUGCAAAUCCACGACAGUGUCGUUGGUGAAAAUCAGUGCGCUCAGAGAAGUCGGGAUAAGGAUGUGGCGAGAACCACCAGGAGGUGGGUGCAAGAUACCCACCCAUAUCUUCGCAAUGUUCCUACUGGCUACUGUCUUGGCAUUGACAAACGUUGUUGCGGCUGAAGAUGAAUCAAUGGGACCGGUGUUUGUCAAGGAACCACCAAACCGAGUCGAUUUCUCAAACGGAACCGGAGCUGUCGUUGAAUGCCAGGCAAGAGGAAACCCUCAACCGGAUAUCAUCUGGGUUCGUGCCGACGGAACUGCUGUAGGAGACGUUCCCGGAUUGAGACAGGUUCUACCGAAUGGAAAUUUGGUGUUCCCUCCUUUCCGUGCUGAGGAUUACCGUCAGGAAGUUCACGCUCAGGUAUACAGCUGCUUGGCACGUUCCCCCGCAGGUUCGGUACACAGUCGUGACGUCAACGUGAGAGCCGUCGUCACUCAGCCUUACAACCCAGAAAUCUUGACCGAAUACGUAAUAAGAGGAAACAGCGCGAUCUUAAAAUGCAGCAUUCCCAGCUACAUCGCGGAAUUCGUUACCGUCGAGGCGUGGAUUCGCGAAGACGGAGAGGUCUACCUUCCGGAAGAUCCUGCGGUUGGGCAGGAUGGGAAAUACUUGGUACUUCCAUCCGGAGAAUUGCACAUCAGGGAUGUCGGCCCCGAGGACGGAUACAAGACUUACCAGUGCCGCACGAAGCAUCGACUCACAGGUGAAACCAGGCUGUCCGCCACGAAGGGACGUCUCGUCAUAACUGAGCCCGUUGGAAGCAAAGCGCCCGCUUUUGCGGGAGAUGCAAAAUUGUCUCUCUUGGUGCGAAGAGCGAACAUGGACGUUAGUAUGCCGUGUAACGCUCAGGGCCAUCCUGCUCCAGUAUCUAGAUGGUACAAGUACAUCGAAGGCACGACGAGGCGUCAACCGAUCCAGCUCGAUGACCGCGUACGUCAGGUGAGCGGCACUCUGAUCAUCCGCGAGGCGCGAGUCGAAGAUUCCGGCAAGUACCUCUGCAUCGUCAACAAUUCCGUCGGCGGCGAGAGCGUGGAGACCGUUUUGACCGUCACGGCGCCACUGACCGCGGAAAUCGAGCCGAGCACCCAGACCAUCGACUUCGGCAGACCAGCGACCUUCACCUGCACCGUUCAAGGCAACCCGAUCAAGACCAUCUCCUGGCUGAAGGACGGCAAGCCCCUUGGACUGGAGGACCGUGUGCUGAGGAUCGAGAGCGUGAAGAAGGAGGACAAGGGAAUGUAUCAGUGCUUCGUCAGAAACGACCAGGAGAGCGCGCAGGCAACGGCUGAGCUGAAACUUGGCGGAAGAUUCGAGCCCCCGCAGAUUCGUCAAGCCUUCGCCGAGGAGACCCUCCAGCCUGGACCGAGCAUGUUUUUGAAGUGCGUCGCCAGCGGCAACCCCACUCCUGAAAUCACCUGGGAACUCGAUGGGAAACGCCUGUCAAACACCGACAGACUGCAAGUGGGACAAUAUGUCACGGUCAAUGGUGAUGUCGUCUCGCAUCUGAAUAUUUCGAGCAUUCACAACAACGACGGUGGGCUCUACAAGUGCAUCGCUGCGUCGAAAGUUGGAUCUGCCGAGCAUUCUGCGCGUCUCAACGUUUACGGUUUGCCGUUCAUUCGCCACAUGGACAAGAAGGCUAUCGUCGCUGGCGAAACUCUGCGCGUCACCUGCCCUGUCGGUGGAUACCCGAUCGAGAGCAUCGUCUGGGAACGAGACACCAGAGUCUUACCGAUCAACAGAAAGCAAAAGGUCUUCCCCAACGGCACACUCAUCAUCGAGAACGUUGAACGAAUGAGCGACCAGGCAACAUACACCUGCGUAGCACGCAACGCACAGGGUUACAGCGCACGAGGAACACUGGAAGUUCAAGUCAUGGUCGCCCCGCAGAUAGCGCCGUUUUCGAUCAGCGACGAGCCCGCGAAUUGGGGCGAGGCUGUCUCGGCGGUCUGCACGAUCGUGAAGGGCGAUCUGCCGAUCGACAUGUCGUGGGCGCUGAACGGCGAGCCCAUCACCAGGGAGAAUCACGGGGACGUGUCUAUAUCGAGCACCGGCAAACGGGUCAGUCUGAUGACCAUCGAGGCCGUGAGCGCGAGACACGCCGGGGAAUACACUUGCACGGCCUCGAACGCCGCCGGAGCGACCAGCUACUCCGCCAUCUUGGCUGUGAACGUGCCGCCUCGUUGGAUCCUCGAGCCUACCGAUAAAGCAUUUGCACAGGGAUCUGACGCACGAGUCGAAUGCAAAGCCGACGGAUUCCCCAAGCCUCAGGUCACGUGGAAGAGAGCCGCUGGGGAUACGCCGGGAGAUUACACUGACUUGAAACUGAGUAACCCUGACAUUAGCGUGGAAGAUGGCACCCUCUCCAUUAAUAACAUCCAAAAGACGAACGAAGGAUAUUAUCUUUGCGAAGCUGUCAACGGCAUUGGAUCGGGCCUGUCCGCUGUCAUUCUCAUCUCGGUUCAAGCUCCUCCUCAAUUUGAGAUUAAACUGAGAAACCAGACCGCACGCCGUGGCGAACCAGCUGUUUUGCAAUGCGAGGCGCAGGGAGAGAAACCGAUCGGCAUCCUGUGGAACAUGAACAACAAGAGGCUGGACACGAAGAGCGACCCUCGUUACACCAUCCGCGAAGAAAUCCUGGCCAAUGGAGUAUUGUCCGACCUGAGCAUCAAACGUACCGAGAGAAGCGACUCUGCCUUGUUCACUUGCGUAGCCACGAAUGCCUUCGGCAGUGAUGACACCAGCAUCAACAUGAUCGUACAAGAGGUGCCGGAAGUGCCGUAUGGUCUCAAAGUCUUGGACAAAUCCGGUCGUUCGGUGCAACUGUCGUGGGCCGCGCCUUAUGACGGAAACAGCCCUAUCAAGCGAUACGUCAUUGAGUACAAGAUCAGCAAGGGUUCCUGGGAAACUGACAUCGACAGAGUACUCGUGCCUGGCUCGCAGCAGAACGUGGCUGGAGUGUACAAUCUGAGACCAGCAACCACGUACCACCUUCGCAUCGUCGCUGAGAACGAAAUUGGCACAUCCGAUCCAUCCGACACGGUUACUAUCAUCACCGCUGAAGAAGUGCCUAGCGGCCCACCAACUUCCGUCAGGGUAGAAGCUCCCGAUCAGCAUACGCUCAAGGUAAUAUGGAAAGCGCCACCACGUGAGGACUGGAACGGUGAGAUUCGCGGAUACUACGUUGGACACAGACAAUCAUCCGACAAGCCCUACAUGUUCGAGACCGUUGAGCUCGCCAAGGAAGACGGAAAGGAGCACCACUUGCAGAUCACGAACCUCAAGACCUACACGCAGUACAGCGUAGUGAUCCAGGCGUUCAACAAGGUCGGCGCCGGACCCCUGAGCGAGGAAUGCAAGCAGCACACCGCGGAAGGCGUACCCGAGCAACCACCCCACGACACCACUUGCACGACCCUCACCUCUCAGACUAUCCGUGUAUCUUGGAUGUCGCCACCUCUGAGCGCGGCCAACGGCGUGAUCACCGGCUACAAAGUCAUCUACGGACCGUCCGACACCUGGUACGAUGAAAAUACGAAGGACACCAAGAUCACGUCUUCGAGCGAGACCAUCCUGCACGGCCUGAAGAAGUACACGAAUUACAGCAUGCAAGUAUUGGCCUUCACUUCCGGCGGAGAUGGCGUCAAGUCCGCACCCAUCCAUUGUCAGACCGAACAAGAUGCGCCCGAGGCUCCGAUCGCCAUCAAAGCUCUGGUCAUGUCCGCGGAAUCGAUUCUUAUCUCAUGGCGUCCGCCCAGCCAGCCUAAUGGAGUUAUCUCUCAAUAUACCGUUUACACGAAGGCAGACAACGCCGAGGAAUCGACCAGCCAGAAAGUACCGCCGAACCAACUUACUCACGAGGCGUCUGGAUUGGACAAGCAACGCAGAUAUGAAUUCUGGGUGACUGCCAGCACAAACAUCGGCGAAGGUGAAGCUUCCAAAAUCGUGACAUUGGGACCAAGCGUUCGAGUACCGGCGAAAAUUGCAUCGUUCGACGACAAAUUCACCGCGACAUACAAAGAGGACGUGAAACUGCCUUGCCUUACCGUUGGCGUGCCUGCACCGGAGGUGACAUGGAAGGUACGAGGCGCGGUUCUUCAGCCUAGCGACCGAUUGAGACAACUGCCCGAGGGAUCCCUGUUCAUCAAAGAAGUCGACCGCGCGGACGCCGGAGAAUAUUCUUGCUACGUGGAGAAUUCCUUUGGCCACGACACCGUGACUCAUCAGCUGGUCGUGCACGCUCCACCGCACUCGCCGCAGGUCACCCUCACCGCCACCACCACCAACUCUCUGACGAUGAAAUUGCGCCCUCAUCCCACCGACAAUGCGCCGAUUCACGGAUACACGAUCCACUACAAGCCCGAGUUCGGCGACUGGGAGACUGCUCAGAUCGGCUCCGCGAUACAGAAGUACACCCUCGAGAACCUGUGGUGCGGCUCCCGAUACCAGAUCUAUGUCACGGCUUACAACGGAAUCGGAACCGGCGAUCCCUCAGACAUACUGAACACGCGUACGAAGGGCUCCAAACCGAUUAUUCCCGAGGCGGGCAGAUUCAUCGAGGUCUCCACGAACAGCAUCACUCUGCACUUGAGCGCCUGGUCAGACGGCGGCUGCCCCAUGUUGUACUUCGUCGUUGAGCACAAAAAGAAGCAUCAGCAGGAGUGGAACCAGGUGUCGAACAAUGUCAAACCGGGCGGUAACUUCGUAGUUUUGGAUUUGGAUCCCGCGAGCUGGUACCACUUGCGCGUUACCGCACACAACAACGCCGGUUUCGCCGUGGCCGAGUACGAAUUCGCGACGUUGACUGUGACUGGCGGCACCAUUGCACCGGCCCGCGAGCUACCGGACGUGAACGGUGGCGGCAAUGACGAAGACCCGAUGAAAAUGUUUAUGGCCAAUUUGAAUCUGUUCGUACCGGUCGUAGCGGCCGUACUCGUUAUUAUCGUUGCCGUAAUCGUGAUCUGCGUAAUGAGGGGCAGUCGGCACAGCGGCGACAAAGACGAUGUGGUCUAUCAGCAAACCGGAGUCGGCGGAGCAACGCUGGACAAACGCAGGUCUGACCUUCGCGACGAGCUGGGAUACAUCGCGCCGCCCAAUCGCAAACUGCCACCUGUGCCCGGCUCUAACUACAACACCUGCGAUCGCAUCAAGCGAGGUACAGUUAUAAGUGGAACUGGCUCGUUAAGGAGUCACUCGACGUGGGAUCCCAGGCGGCACAUGUAUGAGGAGUUGAGUCACUACGCGCCCAACAGGAGAUGCCCGCCGCCACCACGUAUGGGCAGUGCAGACGGUCUCUCGCACAGAGGUAUGGAGGAUGAGAUCUGCCCGUACGCUACCUUCCAUCUUCUGGGAUUCCGCGAGGAAAUGGACCCGAGCAAGGCCAUGCAGUUCCAGACCUUUCCCCACCCAGGAAACGGCCACUCCGGCACCAUGGGACCACCAGUAGGACACCCGACUAACGCCUCCGCUCACAGCCGAUCUGGAUCUCAAUCUAUGCCUCGUCAGAACGGCCGCUACUCCCGAGUACCGUCCCAAGGAGGUGGCAGCGGCACUCACAACGUCUUCUCGCCUGAAUACGACGACCCAGCUAACUGCGCCCCCGAGGAGGACCAAUACGGAUCACAGUACGGACAAUACGGCGCGCCCUACGACCACUAUGGAUCUCGCGGAUCGGUCGGACGUCGUAGCGUAGGCUCGGCCCGCAACAUCCCCGUCUCAGGCUCACCGGAACCGCCGCCACCGCCACCGAGGAACCACGAUCAGAACAACUCCAGCUUCAACGACAGCAAAGAAAGCAACGAGAUUAGCGAGGCCGAGUGCGAUCGCGAUCAGCUUGUCAACCGCAACUACGGCGUGAAUGCUCGCGGCAAGGACGGCAUGACCACCGAGGAGAUGCGUAAACUCAUUGAGAGGAAGCCAAACGAAGCUCCCGGCCGGCAAACCGGCGGCUCCCACGGCGGUCACGGGGGACUCCUCACACCCUACGAUACUGUGGCAGUGUAACCUGUAAAUCAUCUUCCGUGGUCUUCCGCCUCUCUCGAUAGCCGGCGGCCGUGAAGAGACACCGAGAGACGCGGAAAUGAGGCGCACGCUAACUCUUCCCCCGGUGCUGUCGUCGGUCCAAUUUGCAACGAUUUACGAUAGAAACUAGAGAACGUCGUCGCGAGUAGAUAGCGAUUCCGAUUAUCACGUAAGGUGUACGCAGGCGUUGAUAUAUCAUCUCGAGAUCUCGCGAUUGCGGACGAGGAGUCCGUGGUCCACCUCGCGAAGUGGGACCGCCUCCUUCGCCUCUCCUGUGCCUCACCGUAUCGCUCGAUUCACCCGCUUUCUCCCCCCCCCCCCUUCGCUCUCUCGCGUCCUUACCCCUUGUAACUUCCUCGAGCAUAAUCGUAUAAUUGUUCAUUCAUAUUCUCGGUCUCCUCGAAAAUGCCGGAGUUCGAAACUGCCCUGAUUUUUGAUAUACUUCUUCGAGUCGUUUCAGUCGACCACACGCACACACGCAAACACUCGGGAAGGCCAGACUAAAGACUGCCCGUUUCUACUUAACUGCCCUUUCGCGAAGGAGGCACAGCGACUCGCGAGGUCGGCCACACCUCGUCCGCGUGUCCCGCGAGCUCUGGAACAUCUCGCACACGUCCGGGCGGAUCGCGCGAGAUUCCCUACCCACCGGUCGGUGAGCCUCGAGCGUUUCGACGACCUCGUCUCCCUUCGACGACGAAGCGGUCGCUCGACUCUUACUUACUUGCGCGCGCCGAACGUGUACGCGGGGUAGUUCGAGGCUCGCGACUGCCGCGCGAGGCUGUCCUGUAGGAAGGCGAACACCCGGAAGCCGUGUUCGCGGACGGCCAGGAACGCGGCGGAAACGCAGCCCGCGAUGGUGCUCUCGGCGACGGUAACGGUUCAACGGGGGUCUUCUGAUGUAUAUAUAUAUAUCAGAAUGGAUAUAUAUAUAUCAGGGGUAUAAUCUUAAGUUACAAUCACAGUCACAGAAGUCGUGUAACGUGUUGGAAAAAAAGCAAAAAAAAAACGUAAAAAAGUUACACACGCGUACACGAAAUACACACAACGUAACACGUACAAUACACGUGAAUACACGCAUACACACACACACACACACACACACACACACACACGUAUACACGUACAUACGAGAUUAGUUGGUCGCUUUUUAAGUCAUGGUUGUGCCACACUGCCGCUCCUCGCGGGCGUACGAUAUAUACAUACAUACGUACAUAUACUAUAUACAUAUACUGUACGAUUUAUAAUUUCGUAACGAAGGUUGUGUCCCCUCGUCCCCCUACACCCCCUUAACGAUCGGCAAUCUUGAGUCUCGAGGUCGCGCGGCGAGCGCACCAGGGCACGACAUCGUCGUCACUCUUCACCUUCGUUGUCGUCGUCCUUCUCCCGGCGCGAUCCUUUUAAACGUGCCACUCCCGGGGCGCUCCCGUGACCGGUAGUAACACGCACGAAACAGCCGAUCGACUAUCCGUAGGAAGAACAACGCGGCGAGCCAUCGAGGGAACGCUUCGAUACACGGCAGGCCAGCCAGCCACAUUGAUACAUUAACAAGCAACAUUUAUAUUAACUAGCAUGCGCGCGUGCCACGCGCAUUACAUGCCACACACAUUGUCACCACACUUUUUGCUGUCGUCCUAUAUGAUACAAAUAUUUAGUCCGCUGUACACACCUAAUUAUCCCCCCGUGCUAAUCUCCGAUCGAUUACGUACCGAAUAAGAUAUAUAUUCUCACUUCUGAUAUCGCGACGAUGAUGAUCAAGUUAUAAGUGUAAGCGGUUUCGAGUAAUGAAAGAAGCUGGAUUUAACAGUAGGUAGCUCGUAAGCCGGACGGAUGGUCGCGAGAAGGCGCCGUUCGUAUCCUCGCGACGAGGCGAGAAGUCGGGACGGUGGAGACGGGCGGGGUGGUAGUUUUCCGCGGAGGAAUUACGCGGAGGAACCGUCCGGCCGGCCGAUCUUUCCGCCAAUUCGAUGAACGAACAAACGAGCAGACGCACGAAACGCGGACACUUUCCCAACUCGUAACGCGUCCACACCGGCCCGAAGUCGCGCGACGCCGCGGUCGCGGCGCCGCGUCUCAUAGUUCGUUUUUAUCACGAUACUACUUCUAGAUAUAUAUACAAAUAUAAAUAUAAAUAUUAUAUAUAUAUAUUAUAUAUACUAACUAAUACACUAUACAUAUACGUUGUAAGUAGCUAUUUCUAGGUGUCGCAUUUGUUUGCCGAGGCGAUGCACGAGCCGGCCUCCAGUUGGGCGACCGGACCCGAAGAAGCAUCCUCGGGAAAAAGUGAGAGAGAGAUAGAGAGAGAGAGAGAGACGUGCUCUUCGUCAUGCGUUUUCAGCCGCAACCGAGCGUGUACGUUUCACUCUUGCGGGCGUGCGCGAUGCAAUCCGUCGUUGUAACAUUCUCGAUGCACCCCUGCCGGUAUCGCAUUCGGAGAGAGCCCGCUUCGUUUUUCGCGAUCGUUCAUUCCUUGUUAUUGCUACCAUUAACUCGAUUAAUCUAAUUUAUUAAAUCUAUUUAAUCAUAUCGAAUAAAAGCGCGCGCCGGGGAGUACAUACAGCCGUUUGAUAUUAAUUUUGAUGCAUCGCCCUAUGUUUGCGCGGCACGUUUGCGAAGUUAAUUUAAUUUCCGACCGUAAUUAGCGCCGGGCGCCGAAAUUGGAUACCGUUUGUGUUUCUUGACGUCUGAAUUACGCGGCUGGCGCGGAUUGAAAUUAAAGAGCGAUGACGGGGCGGAAUUUCAAGGGUGCUUUGUCCGAGUGCGAGUCGCCUCCGCUAGCGCGGCAGAGGAAUUCCUACCCUCUGCCAGGCGAGAACACAAACUGGCCGCGGCUCGACACGCCGACGCACUUUUACUCAUCGAUGUGAUUUUCAAAGGCUCCGCAGGAAAGCCUCGUGUCUCGUGUAUAUGUUAUAUUACGAUAUCGCGCUCUUCAUCGCAAUUAAUCUGUCGUAGUCUCCCCUCCGAAUAUCGAGUCCCGAGUAUCGACCCCUCGAUACGACUCGUAGCACCACCACCAACGUCCCGCUCACCUAACUCGUCCCCAUCCCUCCGCUCUUGCGAAUCUUUGUCGCUUCGACUCGCUUCCGAAAUCUAACCAGAGCUACGUACGGCGCCGGGCCGAUAACGACGAUGAUAUUAAUGCAUUCGUAUGAAUAUAUAUAUAUAUAUAUAUAUAAAUAUAGUGAUGUGAUCACGUCCGCGCGCUGCUAUUUUGACCGCGGCUCAGCUUUUUUCGUCUUAAGCGAAGUGGACGUCCGCGACGUCGCACAGGUGAUAAACGUUAUGUUGUGGGCAGCCCAGGGUGUUCGGCAGAAAGGCCCGUGGAGACGAGACGCCGCCGGGCGUCAAUCGGUUUUAACUCGGAACCAAGCGGCUAAAGCGCUUACUGGGGUUCCCCGUGAACAUCGGCGGGGAACAUCGAGCGACAUCGAGCGAUGCAACUUAAAGACUGCGAAUUUACGUCCGUGUCCUUUUUUUCACUUGCUUCUUCGCCGUUUUGCUUUCACUACACGUGGCAUCUCACUCCCCCCCCCCCCCUUCGGCGUCUCUCUUUGAUCCCUCUCUCCCCCUCACGAACUCGGUGUAAUAGUCUGCCGAACGUACUCUUUUUGCCGGACACCCUCGAGCCCCAUCGCUCGCUCGUCCCGCUCGCGACGCGUGGUCGACAUGUAACUGUGUGUGGUGUAUUCUUUGCAGGAUUCAAUGUUACUUUUUCUUCAAAGACGCUGCGAAGCGCGCUGUCCGCUCGCGUUGUAUGCUUGAUUGAUACGUAUAUAUAUAUAUAUGCGUUGAAAGCGUUUGGCUGUUCUUUCCGUACCGACAGCGAACGCGGUUCUUCGAGCUCGCGAGCCACUCCUCACCGUCGCCCCCUGUCAGACUCGAAGCGUUUCCUUCGCAUUUCCGCGACCCGGGACAACGGGAUCGCCGUAUAUUGUCGUCUAAUGAAAAGGAAAAGAAAGAAAGGAACGAACGGACGAGUGAACGGGAGAAAAAAAAGCGCUCACAUCCUCCGCGGAGACUCGAGGAUCCGCUCGCAGUGUACUGUUUCCUCAACGCCACUAUUUUAUGUUUUUGUACCAAAGUUGUAGCGUCUAACUUUGCGUUGAAUAAAUAAAACUUAAAACGGU